CUUUGAGUGCGACGUAAAAGUUGACACGGGGAAGAAAAGCCCGUCGCAGGGAUGGCGAAUCGGAGCCGAGAUAAAUAGAAAAGGCAAAAGAUGGCGGCGACGUGAGGCGCUUGGUGGUGCGCGAGGCGAACGGCGACGAACUGCGCUGCACUAAUGACGUGAAAGAGUUUCGCUACGGCCGCACCGGCGGAGGUGACUUCGAAGCCUGGUGACGUUUGGCUGAACUGAAACUUGUGGACCUCUUCAUCAUAGGAACAUUCUUUAUUUAAAAAAAAAAAAAAAAAAAAAAAAACAACAAAAAUAGGCGCUCCGUCGUACUAGAUGUAGAUGGCUUCACCGAGAAUCUCCAGCUAGCUAGUGGGGGCUAACUGUGGCUAACUGUUCAGCCAGGUACGAGCGGAUGAAGGGCCAGCCAGAGACGGGACUGUUCAAGUAUCAGCUCAUGUGUUCUUGCGACGGACCGUGCCGAUCUGCGCCGGGAUUAUAGCCGUUUAACCGGCCUUGCGACGCGCCGUCCGUCCGGCGGGGGAGAGAAUUUCACCGUCAUGUAUUUUUUGACCGGCUGGCCUCGGAGGCUCCUGAGCCCCCUGCGGAGCGCCGAGGUGCCCUUCCACAUCCAGCCGAGCUCGCAGAGGUUCUACUUCGCCGUGCUGUCGGAGACCCAGCUGAGCGUCUGGUUCGGCCGGCCCAGCGUGCUCAUAGUGAGCUACAUUGAGUCGGCGAAAGCUGCAGCCCAGUUUGGGUUCUACCAGCAGGCGGAAUGGAAGCCGGACGACUCCAUGAUAGCGGUGGCGGCUGCCAAUGGAUAUGUCCUCCUCUUUGACGUGGUGUCUGCUGGGGAGGACAAAUUCCUCUACGAACCAGUCUACCCCAAAGGGAACCCUAGAGUGAAGGUGACCCCGGGGUACAAGGAGGAGCAGUGCGCUCCCGCUCUCAGCCUGGAGAUGAAGAAGCCUGUGGACCUGGAGGCUCCCAUCACCAGCCUGCAGUCAAUGCAGGAGGACCUGGUGGUGUCCACAGCUGAUGGGUACCUGCACAUCUUGCAUUGGGACGGCGUCGCCAACGGCCGCAAGGCCAUCAGCCUUUGCACGGUGCCCUUCUCCUUAGAUCUGCAGUCGUCCCGAGGUGGUCCCUCUCUGGACUUUGAUGGAGUGCACAUUCUGGACAUGGAAUACUGCGUGACACUGGACGGCUUUGCUGUGGUCUUCGACGACGGCCGUCUGGGCUUCAUCACCCCCAUGGCCAACAGAUUCACUGCAGAUCAGCUGCAGGGCGUCUGGGCGCCCGACGUGACUGACGGGACUUGCGUGGCUGUGAACAACAAGUACAGGCUCAUGGCUUUUGGCUGUGCAAGUGGCCUGGUGCUUGUUUACACAAUAGACAACGCCACGGGAUCCAUGCAGCUGUCUCACCGGCUCGAGCUCACUCCCAAACACUACCCAGACAUAUGGAACAAGACGGGGCCCGUGAAACUGAUCCAGUGGUCGCCUGACUACAGUGUGGUCAUGGUGACGUGGGAGUGUGGCGGUCUGUCCUUGUGGAGCGUCUUCGGAGCUCACCUCAUCUGCACGCUGGGGGAGGACUUUGCGUAUCGAUCGGAUGGAACUAAGAAGGAGCCGAUUAAGAUCAGCUCUAUGAGCUGGGGCGCAGAGGGCUACCAUUUGUGGGCGGUCACCGGUAGCGACGGGGGCCGGCAGGGAGACCAGGAGCCGGAAGAUAUACCAGCCCUUCAGCAGCCCGUCAUUCUCCAGUUUCAGUUUAUCAAGAGCGUCCUGACGGUCAACCCUUGCACGAACAACCAGGAGCAGGUGCUGCUGCUCGGGGAGGACCGUCUGUACCUGGCGUGCGGAGAUCCUACCCAAGCCCACAGCCCCCCGGAGCAGCACCUCCCGCGGGAGAGCAGCCCUCUCCACUCACCCUCCACCUCCUCAUCAUCCGUCUCUCAGGGAUUAAGCACUUUACUCGGACACAAGCACUGGCACGUGGUCCAGACUCAGAGCACAUACCUAGAGAGCAACUGGCCAAUACGGUUUGCAGCGAUUGAUGCACCGGGCAAGUGCGUGGCGGUGGCAGGCAGACGCGGCUUUGCACACUACUCCCUGUACACCCGAAAGUGGAAGCUUUUCGGCAACAUCACCCAGGAGCAGAACAUGACGGUGACUGGAGGACUGGUGUGGUGGAAUGACUUCAUUGUUGUCGCCUGUUACAAUUUUAUUGAUCAGCAAGAAGAGCUGAGACUGUACCUGCGGACAUCGAAUCUGGACAACGCCUUCUCCAGCAUCACCAAGCUGCACUCGGACACGCUGCUGCUCAACGUGUUCCGUGACAUGGUGAUCCUCUUCAGGGCCGACUGCUCCAUCUGUCUGUACAGCAUCGAGAGGAAGCAGGAAAGCCCAAACCCAUGUGCCAGUGUUGAGCUCCUGCAGGAGGUGUCGAUGUCCCGGUACAUCCCUCACCCUGGCCUGGUGGUGUCCGUCACGCUCACCUCCGUUCGCACCGAGACAGGCAUCACGCUCAAAGCCCCGCAGCAGGCCUGUGUGGCAGAGAGCAUCCUGCUGAACCUCGCUGGCCAGCUGAUCAUGCUGCAGAGGGACCGCUCCGGGCCUCAGGUGCGAGAUAAGGAGACGUUCCCCAGUCAGAAGAAGCUGCUGCCGUUCUGCCCUCCCGUGGUGCUGGCGCAGUGUGUGGAAAACGUGUGGACGACGUGCCGCACCAACCGCAAGAAGCGCCACCUUCUGGAGGCGCUGUGGCUGGCGUGCGGUGAAGCGGGCAUGAAGGUGUGGCUCCCGCUGUUUCCUCGGGACCACCGGAAGCCCCACUCGUUCCUGUCGCGCCGCAUCAUGCUGCCCUUCCACAUCAACAUCUAUCCUCUGGCUGUGCUGUUCGAGGACGCUCUGGUGCUAGGCGCCACCAACGAGACGGUGCUGUACGAGGGGCUUACUGGCUCCCGCGAGCCUCCCGAGGCGCUCUUCCCUUUCUGCACGGUGGAGCGCACCUCCCAGAUCUACCUCCACCACAUCCUGCGCCAGCUGCUGGUCCGCAACCUGGGUGAGCAGGCCCUGCUGCUGGCCCAGUCCUGUGCCGGGCUGCCCUACUUCCCCCACGUGCUGGAGCUCAUGGUGCACGUGGUGCUGGAGGAAGAGGCCACCUCCCGGGAGCCCAUCCCUGACCCACUGCUGCCCACUGUGGCCAAGUUCAUCACCGAGUUCCCACUGUUCCUCCAGACCAUCGUGCACUGCGCCCGCAAGACCGAAUACGCCCUGUGGAAUUACCUGUUUGCAGCAGUGGGCAACCCCAAGGACCUUUUUGAGGAGUGCCUCAUGGCCCAGGACUUGGACACGGCUGCAUCGUAUCUCAUCAUUCUGCAGAACAUGGAGGUGCCGGCGGUGAGCCGACAGCACGCCACGCUGCUCUUCAACACCGCCCUGGAGCAGGGCAAGUGGGACCUCUGCCGUCACAUGAUCAGGUUCCUCAAGGCCAUCGGCUCGGGGGAGUCGGAGACCCCGCCUCCAACGCCAACCACUCAGGAAGCCAGCUCCACGGGAGGGUUCGAGUUCUUCCGUCACCGCAGCAUCAGCCUUUCCCAGUCUGCAGACAGCCUCCUCACCGGGAAGUUCAACCUGCAGAAGACGCUCAGCAUGCCUUCGGGUCCCUCCGCUAAGAGCGGCGACAGGUGGAGCAAGGACAGCGACUGCACCGAGAGCAUGUACAUUGACCUGAUGCUGUCGCGUCACGCCCGCCGUCUGCUGGAGCAGGUGCGCCUCAAGGACCUCGGCUACUUCUCCGCCCAGCUGGGCUUCGAGCUCAUCGGCUGGCUCUGCAAGGAGCGCACGAGGGUGGCCCGGGUCGACGACUUCGUCACGGCCCUCAAGAGGCUGCACGAAGACUUCCUGUGGCCGUUCCCCGUCAUCCCAGCCUGCUCCGUCAACUCCCCUUUCAAAAACGGCCGCUACCGCACAGCGUUGGGCACGCAGCUGCUCAAGUCCCAGUCUGCCGACAGCCUCCUGAACAGCGAGCCGGACUCAACGUCCCACCAGGCGGCGCCCCGGAGCCACAGCUGGCUGCACGGCCUCGGCGGGGAGCAGAAAGAGAUGGACACGGCGUCGUCGCACGGUCAGCAGCCGCAGGAAGCCUUCCUCUCGCCUCUCGUCAGCAAGGGUGAGGAGUGCAGCAUCGGCUCUGCCACGGACCUCACGGAGACCAGCUCGAUGGUGGAUGGCGACUGGACCAUGGUGGAUGAGAACUUGUCCACCUUGAGCCUGUCUCAGUCGGAGCUGGAGCACAUCUCCAUGGAGCUGGCCAACAAGGGGCCGCACAAGUCGCAGGUGCAGCUCAGAUACCUGCUGCACAUUUUCAUGGAGGCUGGAUGCUUGGAGUGGUGUGUGGUCGUAGGGCUCAUACUGAGAGAGGCGAACGUCAUUAAGCAAGUGGUCAACCUGCUGGACUCCCCGGACGUCCCCGCCGACAUGAUCCAGAGCGUCCGCGGCGGCCUGCUGGCAGUAGAUGCCUGGGCCUCGUCCGACUGCCUGGGGUACAAGCCCUUCCUCAACCUGAUUCGGCCCCAGCUGCAGAAAUUGGUAAGCGCCGCCGUGGACUCGAUCCAGCCGGAGGCCUUUCAGGCCGCGGGCGCCUCCAAGCUGGAGCCCGCGAGUCCUAGGUUGGAGGACAGCCGGGGUCCAGCCCCGCCGGGGACCACCCUGCCCGCAGAAGCGCCGGGAGGGCUGACGAGGCCCGCCGAGGAUCACCCUCUCAAGGAGGAAGAGGAGAAGCCUCUGGAGGAGGGGACCUAUGACUGCACCCUCUCCUGACCUCCCCGUCACGAUACAGGAAGCCGGAGGAGGUCCCACCCUCUCUGAGCUGCUGAGAACGGGAAGGAGCGGGAGGCUCCCAGGCUUGGAAGGGCUCGAAGUCGCUCGCUGUCCGGACAGCUCUUCUCAUCGCGCCUUUGACUGCUUUUUAUUACCGGUCUUUGUUUUACUGCUGGUGUGAGAUCGAGGCGCGCGUGCGUGCGUGCGUGUGCAUGCGCUCCUACCUGUCUGCUCCUUCAGUGUGACGUGCAGAAGCCCUGAUACACGGGGAGCUCAGGCUGUUGUUACUGUGCGUCACUUCUCACAAUCAGGGUUCUCGGUCGGUGCGUUAUUUUGCGGUCCUUUGCUCAGUAUUACCGUCUUGACGAACGAAACACCCUCUCAUUAUGCAGGGAGCUUGUGGUGUUCAGAAGAGCCGUUUGGGGAGAGCGGUACAUGACCUUAGAACGUACGCUCGACCGCGCCGCGCUUUGAGGAAGGCCGCGUGCUUGGGCAGCGGGGCUGAGCCGCUCUCGGCGCGACCGACCCCACGCGUUUCGGCUCUCCUAACAGAAGACGACCAGGGUGCGGUACACAAGCACAAGCUGGAGUCCCCCAUUUAAUACGUUUAUCAUGUGGUCUUUGAGGCGUGUCGUGUUCUCCCCAAAGCGUGACCGGGGCAGACGGAGGGGAGGCGGCGACGCGACCGCUUUCUCAGAAACUGUCCGGGGAGCGAGAGUCGACGUUGGGCGUCGUCGCCUUUUUUUACCGUCUUUCUUCUUUCGUCCUCCCGAACGAUGCGUUUUGUAUCAUGUAAAUAAAGGUAUACUGUACUUUUGUGAAUACCGGUGUACAGAAGCUUUUAGGCGACUCUUUCAGAUACGGCGCACGGUGGUAUUUUCAGGUUCCGACAGUUUCCGGAACGUGGUCCGUAAAACCGCAGCGAGUCCCCGAGCUCUGCUCGCAGAUGCGAUCCGGUGUGCCGGGGGAGUGCGGAGGGACGCGGCGACGUCCGUUUCUCGUGGCCUCCGGUGAAGCCGAGGACCAGCGAGGUGACGCAGAGACUCCGCCAAGUGUUCACGGCGUCUCGUUGGUAUUAUUUACAGUGAACGACAAGGUGGUGCAGGGCGGGGGACCUCCGUCGGAACGUUUCUCCGUUUUCGGGUGCGGUAGUUCACCAGAAGACUGUAUGGCAUCCAGGUGUUUCGGUGGGUUUGAACUGCGGCGAAUGAGGCGGCGUGUUCCGUCGGGUACUUUUGGAAUCGGCGCUGAUGGUGUCUUCGCCGCCCCUCCGGGCAAACAGGAAAGCGUCUCAAAAAAUACCGCGCAGAGCUUUAGACGCCCAGCGUGCGUGCGCGGCCGAUCGGGGACGAGGGAGCGGUUGUAGUAGUAGGAAAUGGCCACUUUCCGCACGCUCGCUGCGGCUCGGCAGAGCUCUGUCCUAGAGUCUACCUCUCCGCGUUCGUCGCACGCUUUCAGGAUGAGCGCCGGCCGCCGCACGCCUCGCAGCUCCGACCCAUACAGAGAGCGAACGAAACAAAACGUACGUUUGAAGAACAAGUUUGCCGGACAGCACUUUAGUUUCCCCUUUCAUUUUUAGCAGGUUUAUUAUGCUUAUUAAUAUAAUCACUUAAGAUGUGUAUGAACGGAAUACGUACGCGUACAAUAGGAGUGACUCCAGCGGUUUGGACUCGUGUCAAAGUCACCGUUUUCCCAGCACAUGCGGUCGGUGAGAGAAGACUGGUGACGUUUCGUGUUGUUUUCGGCGUAGGCCCACCUCAACGUGCGCUGGAUGCGCGGUGUCCGAACCCCCCUCGCUUGCUGCCUGCUCCGCGUGGACCGCCGCCAACGUAUUCCAUUGGUGUUACCGCUCGGCGCGCGUGAAACGUCCUUUGGGAGCUCAGAUCACGUGUUACAAGUUGAUGUGAAUCUAUUCCACAUAACAUCUGAAAGUUUUUCUUUCUUUUCUUGUUUAGCUGAACUUGUAUUUACUUGUUGACUUUGGUGCUUCCUACUAUUGCUAACUUAUUACUGUUCAGUUAUUACUAAUAAUUAUCACUGCAUUCACUAGGUAACCAGGUACAGUUUCACACCUGCACAUGAUUAUUGUUUCUGUGGCUGUUUGUCUUGGAGAGGCAUUGCGUAUUAUUUAAACUUGUACACCAAUUCCGUGAUUCGGACCCUUAGCCGAAGUACCGUUACGGUUUAACGGUGCAUUAUUUAGGCCGUAUGGAAUUAUUUAAAAGUAGCCCACCUCAACUACCUUUGCUUCGUUAUUAGAAGCAUAUGCUUUGCUCUAUGCAUUUUUUUUUUAAAAGCUGUAUUGUAGCUUUUCUUUCCACAUUUUGUGUACCCUGGUGUAACGUGUACACCCUUGACAGUAUUACAAUGAUACCCUUGUUUAAAAAAAAAAAAAAAAAGUCAGGGGGGACACAGGCAGAAAUCACAUUUUACACAUUUAAUUGAGCUAGUCAUUCUACCUAUCCGCAGAGGGACCAAAAUGGAAUCUUUGCUCCCACUUUGUGUUUUGCUAUUUCAAGAUGUUUCAUUAAUUUCUGGAACUGCAGGCAUGCAAAGCCUACGUCUGUCUAUCACGCAGCACGAAGAACGCAAGUGAUGCGGCGAGCGGGUGUUGCCGUGCUGCUUGUUUUGUAGCUGGGGUGUGUGACUAGCAGCCCAGCGCUCCUCCGUCUCACCUCCCAUGCCAGACUGUCAAACCAUGGUGAAGUUUACUUAUUGCUUUGCAAACCAAAGAAAAUAUGUCGCCUUCAGAAAAUCCUGAGAUCUGUGUGUGUGUGUGAGAGAGAGAGAGAACAAGGAGUGAGACUGAAACCUGCAGUCCUUGUCCUUUUGGAGAGAAAUUGUGCUCUUCACAUAAAACUACUUCUCAUCAGAGUGUUGAGUUUGUAUCCAGGUGAGCAAGAGCAUCUUCUGCUGGAGAAAAUCAAUGUUCCACCUGAGGUCAAACUAAAGGACAAAUGGAGAGACGUGUUACCUAUAGAGGUACUGUGUCUAUAACGAAUACACGCGGGAGGACUUUUUGCACAUUUGAAUGUGGACAUGACACUUCAGUCCAUCUGACUGUGUACAGUUAUAGAGUGCUGGGCUGGAAACUCAUCUUGUCAGUGAGCCGAAUUCAAUGCAGUGUAUAGAAAAGGUUUCUUGUACAAUUACUUUUCUACUCCCUGUUUUUUCUAUU